AUGGCUAGAACCACAUACGUGGUCACAACUCCACAGGUGCAAUGGAUUACGAAAUGGUAUCAGGACCAUGCAAACCAACCUGCGAUUUUGAUGACAUUCGGGCUGAAUGGCUCAACCGACCCUGAAUCGAUGUUACCUCUUCCAGAAAUCGCCAUCCAGGUUUACAGCACCGUCCCCCUGGACUUGAAUUCUAAGCAUGAAUAUACCGCUCUCGGUCAAUAUCUUGGUUCUCAGAUGCUUGACAGCCCCAGAUUGUCAUUUGAGAUCUAUGGUCCUCAGCCUGAUGUAUUCACCUGCGUGGAGCAUCAGAAACGCGAGAUUCUUCACCGAAAGAAUAAUUUCCCGGGGGAAGGCUUCUUCCCUGGUAUUGCUAAAGUGGCGCUCAACGAUCAGAAUCGAUUGUUGCAAGGGUUUCUAUUAGUGAUUACUUCCUAUAGCUUCCGUACUACCGACUCACCGGAGUACGAAGCCGAAUCAGGCCCGUUGUGGGUAACUUUCAAUCGGAGUUUCCCGCUUAAAGCACAAGUUGAUCUCCACUCCCGGAUUGAGGGCGUCUCCCUAUUUAAAUUUGACCCUUUAAAAUUCUAUGGUGAAUAUGAAGUCUAUUCAGAAAGAGAAGAGCUUAUGGUGCGAAAAUGCCGGAAUCUUUUUCAUAUCUUACGGGAAUUAUCGUCACUACUUAAGUUAAGUCAAUGCGGGGAUAUGGAUUAUCAGUUCGAUUAUGGUCUAGAUGAGGAUGAGGGAGACCCUUCUUUCACCGAUCAACCUCCAGAGAUCAUUACGUCGCUACAGAGAAAAGCUGAUUCAUUACAAUAUAAGGAUUUCAAUAUACAAUCACCUUCCCAAGGGGCUAUUGUUAUUACAUCGAUCCCUUUAAUAACCGCACCAGAACCCGACCUUCGGUAUAUUAUCCAUAUCGCCUUUCCUUAUAAACAACUCAGUUUAGACCUUAUGCCGAUCACAAAGGCCUUUACAGCUUUGAUUAUUGAGAAUCUUCCUCACGGAAAGACUGUUAGCUUUGAGUUCCUUUCUGCGCCUCAAUCCCUAGGUGCUAUCCUAACAUCGCACCGGAAUCUCCUAAACUCUCGACCGGAGAUAGCAGUAGGAGCGGCUCACCAAAGCAGUCGAAUUUUCCCGCAAGACCGAAGUGCGAAUUACAUUCCGGGGGAUAGGGAGCCAUACCGUACCUUUUUUGUCAUUGUCGACCGGCCAGAUUUCCUAACCGGCCCUGGUGUACUUUUCUUUUUAACGGAUGGAAACGACAUCACAGAUGAGGCGUUACAGAACAUUUCCAGCAUUUCUGGAGUAAAGGAAGAACGCGGUAACUACACAUUGUACCAGGUCUGGCGGAGUGUUGGAAUGGCCCAAGUAGCACGGAGGUUAGCAAUGAUCCCUCCACAUGUACCUAGCUAG